CGUGGCUGUGGGGGAAGGCGGCUCUGAAGGCCGGCGGGAGCCGCGCGGGAGCCGCCGCCAUGGCUGACGAGAUCAGCAAGGCGCAGGCGGCGCGUCCCGGCGGGGACACCAUCUUCGGGAAGAUCAUCCGCAAGGAGAUCCCCGCCAACAUAAUUUACGAGGACGAGCAGUGCCUCGCGUUCCAUGAUAUUUCACCCCAAGCUCCAACACAUUUCUUAGUGAUUCCUAAGAAGCCAAUUGUCAGAUUGUCUGAAGCAGAAGAUUCUGAUGAAUCUCUUCUCGGACAUUUAAUGAUUGUUGGCAAGAAGUGUGCUGCUAACCUGGGCCUGACCAAUGGAUUCCGGAUGGUUGUGAAUGAAGGGCCUGAGGGUGGGCAGUCUGUCUAUCACGUACAUCUCCAUGUUCUGGGUGGUCGCCAGUUGGGCUGGCCUCCUGGCUAAGAUUUCUACACCACUGGAGUUCACUGCAUGCAUACAAGUUACCACCAAAUAGAUUUAAUAUGUUGUCCAUCAAUCUAGCCACUGUUAGUGUAUUGUUUUUUUUUUUAAUGUGUGUCUACACAGGGUAAUAAAUGCUCUGAACAGCAUUCGCACAAUAAAGAUUAAGCAUGUGGGAGUCA